AUCGACGCUGAUUGUCGAGGGCUGGAGGAAGGUCUCCCUGGAUUGGAACGCGUGAGGUUCUGGUUCGUCCGUGCGCUUUUACGCACAGACCGGUGAGCGGUGAGCGGACCUGAGAGCGUCUCUGAGAGGUGAGUGAACUUGGCUGAAGUGUCUCUUCCAGACCUUUGUUUUACCUCCACUGUGCUCGACUCUUGGUCCAUGCACUUGAGCCGAAGUCCCUCUCCUCUCCUCUCUUUUCCGCUUUGAGUGCCUGAUGCUGUUCGGAGCAUCAGGUGAAGCUGCUGGCACAUUUAUUGAGCUGGAUAGGUAUGCUAAUUAACCACGACCAUGCCCCACCCUCACUGGUUGAGAAUGAACCAAUCAGGUGCGAGUAAAGUUUGCACAAGGACAAGGGUGUGCAGAGUUUUUCUUGUAGCCGGAGCAUGACCCAGCCAGGAGUGUGCGUGGGCCAAGCGAGGACAUUACAAUGAGGAAAAACAGCGAGGAUCCUCUUAAAAAUGGGGAAAUUCAAUGGAUCAGAUAAAAAAUUCCAAUAUGUAAGUGUAAAAAGUUUCAAAUAGAACUUUUUAAAUUACAUUUUAAGUUAUAAAGUACGACAUAGAUCAUAAAAACCUAAAGACAAUGUUCAUAUCAGGACAUGCGCAGAGAGUAAAUCAGUGAAACCAGUUUUUUUCUACAUGAUAGUCUCAGUUACUAUCUUUAAAAACUUACAACGCAUCAGAAAGCUGUUAAAUUAGAAUAAUACAUAAAACCAGAGACCAGGCUUGGAACAGUAAAGCCUGCAGUCACAUACUGGCCUCUAGAGGAUGUUGAGUGUCAUUGCAAGCAAGUGCAUUUCCAAGGAAUUAGUGAUGGGCACUGCAGUUCUUUUAGAUGUACUGAAUCACUAGAAUGAGUUCACUACAAAGAUUCGUUCAUAAGAUUCAGUUACCGAAUCAUCAAAUCAUACAGUGCUUGGCAGAAGGGGCCUGCGACACCGACCUCCUGAACUGAUACACAAUUCAAUUUAGCAGUUAAAAAAAAUGUUUUGCCUGAAUAAAUGAUUCCAGAGAGUGUAGUUCAAUGCAUGAUUUGUGUACAAAGUGAUUCAGGUGUCGGUUCAUGCGGUCCCUUGUUCUCUGGCUGCUUGCCUGGCAAUGCUGCGUGCUUUACCAGCUGCACUGCUGACAGCUCAACUGAAGUGAGAAACGAACAAAUCACUUCAGUACGUUCACUGAAAAGAUUCAGUUCUUUUGAACAAAUCGUUCGCAAACGACACAACACUACAAGGAAUAUACCUGCUCAAGUUAAACACCCAGUAGCGGUAUGUGCUCCUCAAGCAGUCACAUAUAGACUUAAUUAUUAGAGGUCAAAAAUGUUCAGGAUUUACAUAGAUGGGGUCGUAUCCUGAUGAAACUGCUGAAUACACAAUCAAAACGAGCUCCAUAAUGCACCUUUAAUCUAAAGCAACAAUGAUUUCUCAUUGGAAAAAAUGUCAUGAUGAGAAGCUGGGCAACAUUUCUGCAACUUUUUGAAUCAAUAUCAAGAAGUUUAUUCCUUUUCUUUAGAGUUUUUGGUCUGUUUGGGGACUCUGGUGAGAGAGUGGGAUUGUGGAUGGAGUUGGAAAAACGCAGGUGAGAGUUUAGUUUGUUUGUUUUAACAGGGACAGUGUGAGAUGGCUUUACUCACAGAUGACAGAUUUAAGAAACUGCUGCUGGACAUUCAGUGAAACCCACUCUACAGAGGACAGACAAACACAACAGUGGAGAAUAUUGAAGAAAAGCUUCUGUUACACAGCUCACCGGGUGUUAUGGUGACUUCUUUGUCCUUCCUCCUGCUGGUUGGUUCGACUCAUUGCUGCCACCAUCUGGUCUGGCUGAUAAAACGCACUAUCAUCAAAAUUCAAUUUGUUUUUGGAACAAAUCCAAAUCAUCCCGGCAGGGUCAGUUUACAUGAUAUUAAUAAUUGAGUUGAUUUUAUUUAUUUUAUUGGGGAUCCCUAUUAGCCUUGGCCGAGCCUAAGAUAUCCUUCCUGGGGUCUUUAAGCCAACGUACAAUAUAUCAAUGCAUAUAUCUCAUAUAUAAAACGCCCCAUGUGGAAAAAAAUGUAUCAAUAAAAUAAAAAUGAUAAUAAUAAAUAAAUAAUCUAAACACAAACAAAUAAACACAGAAUACAUACAAAUCCACAAUACAACAAUACAUAAACAAUUACAGAUAGCUCUUGAGUCAGCAGUUAUGUAUAGUAUAUAAAUAUCAUGUAAAUACUAUAUAUACAUAUAUACACAUAUAUAUGUACACACAUAUACAUACAUACAAACACUCUCUUCUUGUGUAAUAUUUUCUGGUAGUUUGUUCCAUACUUGAAUUUAUUAUGUUUGUUUUUGUUUCUGGUUGUGUAAGUCUUCCUCUAGUCACAUGUCUGGUGACAUAGCUAUGUUUAUCUGAACUUAAAUUUACAUUUUUAUACAAAAUUGUUGUCAGAAUGUUUUUAAAGAACACUAGCAGUGAAUACAAUAAUCUUUUUUUAACUGAUAACCAGCCCAGACUGUUAUACUUGACUGUGGUAUUUGUUCUAAAAAUGCAAUUCAGAGCUCUUCCUGCUGCUCUGUUUUGUACAGUUUGUAACUUAUUUAUAUUUUCUUGUGAUGUAUUGGACCAGACUACUGAACUAUAGUCCAGAACUAAUAAUACUAAUGCUUAUAAAACUAGUAUAGUUUUAGUUUAGUUUGUAAAGUUGAUCGCAGUGCUGUUUAUUUCAUUUAUUUCCAUUAUGUAAACUAUGCAAGUGCUGAUAGUAAUUUGUUCCUGUGAAUUAAGGUGGAAGUUGAGAUUUGAGUUGCAGUACCACUUACUGACCACAAGAUAGAGAUAGAUAUUUCCACAUGGUGUGCUGCUUGAUAUUUAAUGUCCAAACUCCAUCACUGAACUUUACAUAAGUGGGUGAAACUUCCUUUUUAACUGUCUGAUAUUCAUUUCUCCAGCGAUUUUUUUAAAUAUUUUUUUCAUUCCUUCAGUUUUUCUUUCUUUUUAUAUUAUUAUUAUUAUUAUUAUUGUUUAUUUUAUUUUUGUUUUGUUUCCAGAAAAACUGUCUGUCAUCUUUGGUGUUAUUGGCAGAGUUACAGGAUAUCAGCUCAGCCAAAGUCCUGAAAUGUGAAUAAAGAUGCUGUGCCAGAUUACAGCGCCCUCUAACCCCAGAUUAAGGAUCACAUCCAAAACGUUUAAAAUCACGAGCACACACAAACACACACACAUACACACAAAUCUAAAUCCAUGAGUGUGUGUUGUUCCAGCACUUCACAUAACCUAGAUAAGAUUUGUCUCUUUCUAUAGCUCUAAUUUUUUAAUGUAUUUUUUAUGUGACAUUUACUCACGAAACUUUGAGCUCUAAUGGAUUUACGUUUAUUUACCAUUUGCUUUUACGAAUUUAUGAGUUACAUAUGGGCCAACAGAGGCAAUCAUGCAGCAACCAAACCAAACCGGCUUCAUGAGGAAAAACAUCCUGCAAAUGAAGCAACAACAACAAUACAAAUACAAAAUAAUGCAAAUAGAAAAACAAAGUCAAAUUAAAAACACAUAAAAGGAGUCACACAGCUGCAGCAGAGGAUUUUGCUCCAUGUUGGUUUAUUUAUUUUGAGUUUAUUCACGUGGUUUUGAAUUCACAGCAUAUCUCAAAAGGUCGUUUGUUUGCACCCGUAGUCUCCCUGAAUGUGCUUUCAGGAAAUGAAAUGAUCAACAUUCACUGUGAAAGUUUAGGAUUCCUACAUUUACUCUGUUAACUCGCUGCACUCUCGCUGCCCUUUCAUGGAUUGAUCCAGACUAAUCACCGUCUUAUUAUAGCAGUUAUUGACUCUAAAUGCAGCCGUUGUGGGAUCAAACCUCAGAUCAGACGAGCUCCAGGGGUCCUAAAGUCUCCCCGCCUCGCACAGUGUCGCCGCACGUUUAUCUCAUCCCGCUGCUUGUUUCUAAUCUGCCUCUGCUGCCGCUCGCCUCCUAAAUUAGUGUUUAAGCUGCAGGGAGUCACCCAAAGCUCGGAUCCUCCCUUAAAUCCUCAGAGUGCAGAUUUGAAAGUCGUUCCAUGUUUCAGUCUGGAGAGAUGAGCGAUAAUCUGUGCAUGUGAAAACGUGAGGAAUCAAGCGUGGCAGUAAUGACAUCUAACCUCAGAUUUCUUCUCUUUGGCUUCUUCUCCUUGUCCUCUCCUGACUCUCAAGUGUCCCAGUUUUCUCCACGUGGAUCAAUAAUUUCAUCUUUUACACUUUGCUUCAGUGAUAGAAGAGCAGCAGCACCAUCACCAACAUUUCAAAGACUCUGAAGGCAAAGUUUUGGUUUCAGAGUCCCUGAUUCAUGCUGGAAAUUGGCGCCAUGUUUCUAAAUAACUGUCCAUUUUAACAUUUAUUGUAAAAACCAGGUGGUCCGCUCAUCCUUCCAUCGUCUUUUCAGCUUCUAAAGAGACAUUUGACUGACAUGCAACCACGACAGGCCGUGCCGUAUCAACACGUGAGUUAACACGUCCUUGUUGGACUUCACCUCAAGGACUCUCCAGCAGCGUUUUCUAGUCUGAAGAUUAUUUCCCAUCUGUCCCAGAGACCUUCAAGUCCUGAUCUCUGACCAUUAAAUCCCCUUCCUCUUGUUUGACCCCUGCUCUGCCUUCCUGGGGUCAGAUGUGGUCUUCAGCAGCAGCAGCAGGAACCAGGAUCAGAGGUCUGAAGCCUGAAGACUCUGAUCCUGGUUCUGAAAGCAGACCAGUCCAGAGGAGGAGGAGGAGGAACUCAGACAGAAAACAUCCAAAACGACGACGAGUGUUUGCAUUAAAUCAAUCUUUGCACUUAAGUUGUUAACACUAGAAGAAAACUUGGACUGUGUGCGCGCUUAAUGGACAAUUUUCAACCACUGCAAUAACAUUAUGCAAAAAUAAUGAUGAGGGAAAAAUGCUGCAAUAUCCUAAUGUGCAGAAAUAGACGUCGGGAUUGGUGAGAGCUUCACACAGCGUUUAAGAAACAUGACUUUAAGAAAAGAGCAAAAUAAAAAAUAUUUAAACAAGAAAAAAAAGGAAAGAUGAUCAUGGAGAAAAAUUAAAGUCAAAAUGUUAGAAUAAAGUCGAUAUAUCUUAAAGUGAUUCGCACAGAUUCCCACGUUCCUCUGUUGUCCUUAAACUGUGAAAAUAGCAACAACUUCUUUUCUGUUUCGUUUGUUCUGCUCAUUUUAAAGAAAUCGCUUCAUUAUCUCUGAUUUAAAUGUUCAUAAGUGAGCGAUCGGAGGAUUUUUGGCACUUAAUGUAGAAGCUUUUAACAAAGACUCAUCCCUCCACGAUCUGGCAUCAUCGCUGCCGGCCUCUGGAUCCUAAUCUUACUUUGACUCUGUGAGUCAGCCAGCUGGACUCGUGCAGCUCAGGAGACCCUGAUUUUAAGACCUCAUCAUUUAUUUCCAGUUUGGUGAAAUCAGACCUUUAAGUAUCACCAGAGUCUAAAAGAAAGCUGGCCUUCUCCUGUUGUGUCUGUGUAUUUACUGUUCUCCAAUAAUCGCCUUCCUCUCCACUCCUCUUUUUGUUUUUUGUUUGUUUUCAGCAGCUCCGGCUAAGAAUAAUAUCUGCUUCUUUACCCCCUCUGACUCAGCUGUCACUACCUAAAACGCUCUUGUUUCUGAGUCAAAGACUGUGGAGUAAAGUGGGUCAAACUUCGGAUCUUUUUUUGUGAUUUUUUAAGACUCACGCUUGAAUGAAGCAGAGAAAUGCCGACUUUAAUGAUCGUUUGUCUACCCUUUUCUGAACAGUCAAGAUCUUAUCCUCUUAUGAACUCUCUGCUUAUUAUUAAAAUGUCAAGUGCACUGAGUUUUGUCGUGUUUGUAGAGCCCUGUUUACAAAAAUAGAGAUGGAUUAGAUGUAGGGCUAAAUUUGGACCCUAUCUGCUGUGUCAAUAAUUGUCUUUUUGUUUCGUUGCAUUGUUUGCAGUCCAGUUAGCAAGGAAUAGAUAUGUGUUCAUAUUAAAAGCAAAUUUAAAUAGAUCUGUUAGGAUGUAUCAGCAAAAUAACAGUGUUUUGGUUUAGUCUCAGUUUCACUGUAAAUUCCAUAGAGGCUUCACUCUGGCUUUUCACAGCAGUAUAAACCUAAUAAUGAGUUAAAGUUUGCCAAAAUUAAAACAUAGUUAAAGACCCACUCCGAUGAAAAUCAUGUUUUUCUUGUUGUCUACAUGUUCAUGUGGCAUUUUUUUGAUUCUACAGGACAUUUCAUGAGAAAACUAAGUGUGAAAUAACAUUUCUGAGUAUUUCUGCAAUCAAGUCGCUGUGAAUCUCUGGCAAACCCAAAACUGCAGGUUCAGACAGAGUGAGAUUUCUUACAUCACAAAUCCAAGCUCCGCCCCCUAAGCCCCGCUAUGCAGGCCAGACUCGGAAAGUAGAGAAGUCGAUCGCGGAACAAGCGUGUGCGUUAGCGGAUUGCAAUACUAGUAAGAAAGCUAAUUAUGAUAUUAACUUUCAUCAUGUCCCCAAAGACAUUAGUGUCCAAGAGCGGAAUAGCUCCUUUGUUACCUGCCACUUCUACAACACCGACAAUGUAAAGGUCGUGGAAUGGCGCAAAUAUACCAUGCGAGAUAAUGCAAUACUCGGAGGCCAAUUUUGACGAAAUCCAACGCUUUGACUCUCCACAAGUUGUCCUUCAGGUCGUUAUCUUUGUAAUGUUUGUGUCUUUUAUCAAAAAGCACUCUGUACUCUGACACAUAAACAAUCAGCCGGUUGGAUAUACUUGUGAAUCUGACAUUGCAACGACAUGCAAUCUGAUUGGUCAGAAGUGGACACACAGUAUGGGAAACUUUAGAAAAAUCAACUGUGAUGCAAAAAAAAAUAGCCGCAAAAUCGCAGGAUGGGAAAACGUCACUGAUAUAAACACUUGUAUUGACAGGAUACGGGUUUGAAAAAAAAAUAUUUGCGUCCAAAAUAAUCGCACAAAAAAAACGCUCCUGGUGUGAAAGGACCUUUGAGCUGUAAGCUAGCGUAAAGAUGAGUGUGCAGAGCAGCGCUGUCUCCGCCCACGACUCAGAGGUGAAUUACUAAUGAGCUACUGAAGCUCUGAAGAAAAGUCCUUAAAACGAAACAAGUAACGUGUUUUUGGCUAAAAACUCCAUAAUUUAAAGACCACUGACAACACUUCAAGAACCGUAUUUUUCACACUACAAGGUGCACCUGAUUACAAGGCGCACCAUCGAUGAACACGUCUAUUCGUAUCUAUUUUCAUACAUAAAGCGCACCAGAUUAUAAAGCGCAUUAAGUCAAACAAAACAGUCAGAUAAGUCAAACUUUAUUUAACUCAUUCAAUAACUCUGCAAGGCUAAGCUAGCUGCAGUGCUCCGACAAGCCAAACAAAUUUUAAGUGUGCCUUAAAGUGCGAAAAAUACGGUAGUAAAAACGAUCGGAGUGGGACUCUCUGAAGUAAAAAUUUUUGAUCAAAAAUCUUCUUUAACGGGAUCAAAUAAAUCAUCAUCAUAUCGCCCCCUACUGGAAAUCAGGAGAUAAAUUUUAUCUGACUACCUUCUGCCUGCUUUUGCUCUCUUUUGCGUUUAGAUGUAAACCCAGUCAAGAAAGAUUAGUUAUGAAUUCAUUUUGACAAACGAUGUGAGUGGAAUAUUUCACUGCAGCCAGAUUUUUCAGGCUUAAGACUUAAAGUAAAAUAUGAUCAAAAAACCCCAGAGGAAUAAAGUUAAGCCUCCCAGGGAAUCCAAAAUCAAACCGCAGUCCUCCGGGUCACUCCGGCUUCAUUAUCCUUUGAUUGGUCACCAGGAUUUCCCCGGAUCUCCGCGGUUUUGAACCGCUGCCACAGCUCGCUUAUACUCAGGUGACGGAGACGAGUAAAGCCUCUGUCAUGUGCGACCUGCACAUCCACCUGUGUGACCCUGCAGGCCCUUACUUAGCACUGGAUUCCUAUCGAGCUGUGAUCCACACAAACAUCUUUUAUAUCUAUAGCUGAGGGACACACUAACACAGAUAAACAGACACAAACAUAAGAGGAGGAGGCUGCAGAGAGAACAAUACAGAACAUGUGCAUCAUGUGUUUGUGUGUAAACAGAGCAGCGUGGACAGAGGGAGACAAAAAGGACAACACAAACUGACAGGGGGCUGAGUGUGUGUGAGCGCACGUGCGUAUGUGUGUGUGUGUGUGUGUGUGUGUGUGUGUGUGUGUGUUUUCCCAUUAUAUAACAGUAUUUAAUGUGCUCUAAGAUGUCGCAUUAGGGAUUAGUUUGAUAGUGACAGAGCUGCAGAUUGCCGCUGCUGCUGCCUCUGUGUGUGUGAGUGUGUGUCUACAGAGACAGACACACACUUGGAGUGUACUUGAGCGUAACACCCUUUAAAGUAACGACACUGUACAUGCACGCCGCUUUGUUUUUCAUUCAUCGCCGCACAAUGAGCCUGUGUUUUCCCUGUCUGGCUCAAAAGCAAAAGCCGUCUGUCUUUUUUUGUUUUGUUGUUUUGUUGUUGCUGCAGCAGUGUCCCCAUUUUUCCAGGGAUCAGAUCCUGAAUUCAACGGAAAUGUUCAUGAACCCCAGACCACAGAAGUAGCACUUAUUUGUUCCCGUGGGUACUCCACUUUUCGAGAAAUAAGAAGCGGAAUAGCCUUUGCAUAAUCUCCAAACUGAGCAGCAGCAAUAAAGCGGACUUAGGUUUUAAAUCUACAUAUUUAAGAUGCAGUAUGAUUAUUUAAUGGUGGCCGAGUCUGCAGGGGUUCAUCAUAACAAACCGCAGAGUCCCCUCAGUAUCUUCCUGCACUGCUGAUAUCAAGAAUAUCUCAUAACUGCUUUCAUGCACAUGAUUGUAGUUAUGCAACAAGAGGCCACAGUGAUCAUGACAGGGGAAGACAUGCAAGGUCAACGUCCAUCAGUCCAUCAUCCGUACUGGGGGAGGGACUGGAAGAAAACCAGCUUGCACUGAGAGGGGUACCCUAGAGGAGUCCACCAUCAGACAGUAAGAGUCAUCAUCAUCAUCAUCAUCAUAUCAAGACUACCUGCCUGAGGAGGAGCAUCUUCUCUGAGAGUGAGGAGCAAAUAAAGAGGUUCAACUAUCUGAAGUGUUUUUCACUCUCUGGAAACACAGUGGAGGAUAAGAUCUGCUCCUCCAGGAAGCUCGUUGUGACCCAGACGGAGAAAAACAUCAACGAUUUCGAAGCUGAAUGUGCUGAGAUGAUGGACAAGGAGCGAUUUCGAGGACCAGAUGUCCGGUAUCAUGGACUUCAUGAUUCACACUCCUAACAGACUUGCAGGACUUGGGAGUGAUGGGUGCAGUAGACCCAGGUCAGGUCACCUGUUGUUCACAAGUCUGAUAAAUAAUUGUUUAUGCUUUAUCGCUAAUUAACCAAUAACUGGACAAGACCAUCUACACAUUCACCUACGAACCUCUUGGUUUGUACCAGAAUCAAAUCAGGAACCUACUCAAUAUAAGAUGGGAUGCUGACUAGGGCUGGGCGAUACGGUCUCAAAUCAAUAUCAGGAUAUAUUGAUCAGUUUACCUUGAUAACGAUAAAUGGACGAUAACUACUCCACAAGCUGCUCACCCCCUCCCACAUUAACUUCGUCUACUACAGUCGCUACAACUUUUGAACCGUCCUCCAUCUUCUCACCUGUUUUUCCCUCUUUGUUAUGGACUGGAUGGGGUGGAGUCACGUCUCUGACGUAGGACAGCGUCUUAAAGGGACAUGAGACUAUAGCCUACCUACACACAUCCAAAAACAACUUUGAUUUUUUUGUUUUUUGACACCAUAUUGACAUGGGCAAAAUGAUGUCGGUUAUUGUUGUAAAUUUCAGUUCAGGGUGGGAGAAAAACUCGAUUCACAUAAAUAUCACAUUUUUUUAUCUAAAAAAUCAUAAAAGAAUCGAAUUGGGAGAAAAGCAUAUGGUUCCAGCCCUACUUCCUACACACAUCCAAUGCCAACUUUUACUUAUUUUUUUGACACCAAAUAUAUUGACAUGGGCAAAAUGACGUUGGUUAUUAAUGUAAAUUUCUGUAUCUGUAAAUUUUUGGUUUAUCGCCCAGCCCUAAUGCUGACCCAUCUAUGUGGUAGUUCGCAAUCACAGCCUGCAAAAACACGCCAUUCUAUGUAAGAUGUGGGCGACACCAACAGCCGGCACUGACAUGUCGUAGUCCUGUUAUUGACCACCUCACUUAUCCAGAAUGAUCCCUAACUGCAGGUUGAAAUAUAGACCUCUGUAAAGACUGCUCAUGCAUAUGGAGCUCUUGUAUUCUUCUUCUGCAAACAUCUGUCCAAAUGUCACUUUAUUAUCCGUCUAAACUGACUUUACAGCUGUUUAUUUCUUUGUUACGUCUAUUAGUGCUUCAGUAAGUUGUCAGGUUUUUGAUCUUAUCCUUGCUACCACAUUUGCUUCGCUCGGUAUUUCCCUCCAGAGAUUUCUUUGUGGGAUAAUCCUCGGCUUCACAAUUCUGUUUUUACAAAGUGUAUGAAAGUGAUUCUGAUCCGUCUCAUCCAUAUCUCCCAGGCUGCUUUCUUGAUCCUCGUAAUCCUCCUUACAAGUGCAAUCCACACAUUAACACACGCACACGCGCAGCCCUGCAGAUAAACACCGCUGUCUUGAAAUAAGUGUGACCACAUGACGGACAUCUAUCAGCGCGGGCCUCUUUGUUAAUUUUCAGCCUCUCUCUGUGAAUAAAUCCUACAAACACACACAGAGUGGAGGCCGAUUGUCUGCUCAGUGUUAAUCUCAUUUGUUUGUUCUAGUUAAACACAGUGUAUGUUUCAUAUUUAAUGCGGUCAUGAUUUAUUUAUACCAAAAAAGGCUGCAAGUAGCAUAUUAAGGGCGUUAUAUAUUAUUGAUUGUUAACUUUAAGGCUGUAAUUUACAGAAAACGCUGAACAAACCGAAUGAAACAGCUUCAUAAGUUCACAGUUUGAUUCCAGAUUUGUCUCAUUGACUAUUUGCCGCAUCAAUCAAACGUCUGAUGUGAGAAAUCUAAGAUGGACGGUGCCGCUUCAUUAUCGUCAUAAGUGCAGAAUCGAGCAUCCUCAGGAGAGUGAUGCAUUUCACAUUAUAAAAACAUGAGCGUGAUAAGAGCGGUGUAUGUCAGAAAGCUGCAUACGUGCGAAUAAUAAAAGAGGAGAAGACAUGAAAUAUCAAUUACAGCAGGGAGGGAACAAAGUCACGUCAAAACACCGGUGUUAUGGGAAUUGUCAAAUCAAAGCGUGUCCCCGACCAAUCAGACGUCCCGCUUGGAUAUAUAACCAAUAAUACACCACACUGGAUUCAGCGUAUUUACAUGAAUUAUCACUUCAUAUAGGAACAGACACAUCAGUAAAUGCGAACUCUUAAAGUUUUCCUGCACAUCCGACACCUGAAAACUGUCUCUGUCAGGUCAGGCUUUGUUGAGAUGUAGGGCUGGGUGAUAUGUAAAAAAAUUUAUCACAAUAUAUUUUUUCAUAUUAGUCGAUAUUGAUAUAUGUCACGAUAUAAAAAAAUGAAAUUUAACAGUGCUUAUUGGUAGCACGUCUUUUGCAAUACAAUAAGCUACUGCAUCUGUGAGGUUUUUGUGUCUCUUUGGCGUUUUGUCAUGAGGCGUUGCGCUAGAGAAAUUGGACUGAAUGGUCGGCUGUUUCAGCUGCACAGGCGCUGUGGUCUACUUGCUCCGCUCGGGCCUGUAACCUUUUGCGUUGCGCAUGCUCUGCUGCGUGGCGCUGCUUCAGGUGGUGAAAAAGAUCUGACGUGUUCUCAGACUUUGCAAGAACAUGUACUCGCCAAAAUUUGCAGUGCACAUAACCAGCAAUUUCCACUGAUUAACCCGUGCUGGAAAGGAAGUCUGGCACAGACACAAAAUAAAACAUCCGGCCAGUGUCGUCAACGAUGUCGCCACCUGUUGAGGCUUCAUCUGCAUUUCUGAUGGGGGUAGCACUUACUUCCUUUUUUUCUCACCAACAGUGCUGUCGGCUUCACCUGUUAAAGUGCUAUGGUUGCGUGUAGCUGCAAUCUGAUACUAUGCAGUUGUUUGCUGCUUGGUUCUAAUUCAGCAAAACUGACCUGGAGAAACUCCUCUUUUCAUUGGCUAUUCAUGUAGUCUACCAAAAUGUGGCAAAAUGCCGACUAUCGAAAAGCCUAUUGACCAUGUUUUAUAUUGGUAAGGAAACUAAUUUUUUGACAUAUAUCAUUAUCGUGUUAUCGCCCAGCCCUACUGCGAUGUAUAUAUUUAUAUCCUAAAAACCUUUGCUGGUGUAACUAAAGUCUUGUGGUUCAAAAUAAGAUCCUGGAUCAGUCCUUUGAAGCCUUUCCUGAGCCCACUUUUCCAAAGCUGUUGCUGUAAAUAAUGUAGCUCUCAGCACAGCGUCUCCAUUUACCGUUCAAACGUUUGAUAGAAGGUCGUUUUCUCCAGCUAAAAGCGUCCGAUCUCACUUUAUACGUCUUUCUUUUCAGAUUUCUCACCUUCUUCCCGUCUUCUCUUCGAUUGUUUUCCUCCAUCUCUCUCUCCUUUUUUACUGCUCCCUCUCUCUCUCUACAUCUCUUCCCACUAUUUUUGGCCCCACAUGCAUCAAUUAUUCAAACCUGUGCAUGGACUUUCAGGCUAAAGGGUUAUCAACAAGAGCUAUCAGGGUCAUCAUAUUACACCUGAGCGUCCACCUGUGACACACACACACACGCAUCCCACAUGAGGAUGGAUGCCCACGUGCACACGCUCACUUUGUGGUGUGAGCACUCGGAGACGCACGACAGGUGUAGUCACGUUUUAUUCCCAGCAAGGUUGAAAGUGAAAAACAGAAAAAAAAAUGCAGGAGAUUCAGAAGCUGUCAUGUUGUAUUUAUUAAGAUAAAAACAAGAAAAGGUUUUUUAAUUCUGGAUAAAGAUCCUGAACAGUCUCACUGAAUUUCUGACGUGAUAUGAACCAAAACAUCCACAGAGUCAGAGGUGCUAACGGUGACAUUUCAAGGCCUCUGUGAGUCAGAAAUCAGGGUAUAAAAAACACCAGUGUUGUUGCUAAUUUUCUUUUUAGAAAAAUAUGAAUUUCAGCCACCCUUAAAACAUAUAAAAAACACUUAUAGGAGCUUUAAUCUUGGCUCCUGUAGUUUACCAGACUGCCAGAUUCAGGAUUCUAACUAUGAAGAUGUUCGAUACUUGAUCCUGAUCAGUCAAAACCUCAUAACAACAAUGAUGCAGAUCACACACCUUAUAAAAAAUCGGCCCAAAGUUAGGAGUCUGGCAUUUUUCACCUCUGCCUGUUGACACUAGCUGCGUUUACAUGGGCACAAAUAAUGGGGAUAAUGGCUUGAUUGGAAUAAAAAUGCGUCAUGUAAACAUGUCGAUUGCCAUCUAGUGACACCAUUUAACAGAGGAAAGAUCCUAAACUGAAUGAAGUAAGCCACUACCACGUUUGUUGGUUUGUUGACAGCACAGGCGUAAAAACUACUUCUUCUUCUGUGGUUGUUUUAGCGAAACCAGACAACUCUUCGCAUGUCCAAACGCUUCUAAUCCAAAUAAAGCUUGGCGCAUGUCUACGCACGUCAUGAUCGGAUUAUUUGAUUUUGUUUCCAUAUCAAGUUUUCAUUCGACGGUCAUGUUACGCACUCAUGCUUUUCCUCAAAUCAGUGACAUCCACUCUGAAAUCCCCAUUUAAAGGGUUAAAAUCAAUAUCUUUUCCGAAAUAUUAAGUAGUUUUUAUCAGGACUGAGUUUAAUAAAGGGAUCUGAGAAAAAAGUUUUAAAAAAAACUCUCUGAUAUUUACCGCAGCUAAAGUUAGUGGCUAAAAACAGCCACGAACAGGACGAAAGGGUGUAAAAUUUAAAAUCUGAUGCUGUACAAAAAUAAUAAUGCAUCAAAGCCAAUGUUGUUACUAAUAUUCGACAUAUCCAAGGGUGUGAUAGCACGUAAAAAAUCUCCUGCCUCUGAUCAUUUUUUAUACAGAAAAUCAGUCAUUUUGUGAUUUUUUCUCCCCCAAAAUCAGUGACAUCACCUCUAGAAAUCAUCAUUUAAAGUGUUAAAAUCCAUGACAUUAAAAAAUUACAUGAUAUUUUUGAUUAGGACUGAAGUUAAUGAAGAGAUUUGAGGAAAAACAAACUGAAAAAAAUAUAUCGGAAAUGUUUUUAUAGCAGCUAAAGUUAGUGGCUAAAAACAUCCACGAAGAGGAUGAAAGGGAGUAAAUAUUGAGUGGUGCACAAGGGUUAAACAAGGUGCUACAUUAAAGUGAUAGGCUUGGUUUGGACUAUUAUGGGAUGGUAUUUUCAGCCUGCUGUUAGUCAUUUGGUCUAAAAUUUACCCUUUGAGGUGUAAAAAUUACAACAGAGCCUCAUCAAUGUUGGUAUCAGUAUCAGUUUCAGUCUGUUUCUCAUGUAAAACUCCUCACUGUGCCUUUAAAUUCUGCUGUAAAAAUGAGUAUUGCUCUAAAGGGCUUUAACAUUUAUAAGCUUGCUUUAAGUGGACUACUUUUAUUUACACCUCUGCAGUGUCCUCACUUUACAGCUUGACUAAAGAUUUACUGCUUUGUCAAAGUUAACUAUCAGGUAGUUUUGUUGCACAAAUAACCCAACGAUUGGUUCCUCACAUUCAAACUACAAGUAAAUGUUUGUCCGGUGCAAAGAAGUAGAUAUAAGAGCGAAUGUGCGAUGACUCUGCAGUGAAACGACAGAGCGAGAGGGAAGCACAAUGAGAGAGGCAGAGAGGGAAAGAGCAGCAACCAGGAAUAUCAGGACUUAAGGCUGCAUGAGUUACAGCUCAGCACAGCUCAGCGAAUGAGUUACUGUUAUGCAAGAGCUCAGUCAGCCCAGCUGGAGAUCAGAGAGAGAGAGAGAGAGAGAGAGAGAGCGGCGGACCGAGCAGUGAGAGCACGAGUGAACAAGCCCAGGGACAGAGAGGAGAGGAGAGGAGAGGAGAGUGGAGGAGAGGAGAGGGAGGGAAGAGCCGGAGAGAAAACAACGGCGAGUGAGCAGAGAGCAGGCAGAUUUCAGCUGGAUCUACCAACAUACGCUCUCUCACUUCCUCUUUUCCUCUUUUAUUCCUAUUUUUCAGCAUCAUGAGUGGGAAUAUAGAGGAGGAUCUUCUUUCUCCAGCCCAGGAGUAAGGAGCAAAAAGGAAGAAGAGGAGGAUACACAAGAAGAGGAAAGAAAGAAAGCACCAAACUUUCUCCUGAGGAUCUUCUACCUCAAACUGAGAUCCUGGUCAAGUCCGAGCACCUGACCAUGAAGCUGUGAGCCCCCCUGCUUCUCAUCAGAACUCUUCUUCUCCAUAAACAGACCUCAUGUCUCCAGCAGCAGGACCCACAGCUCCAUGGGUGCUGCUGUGCACCCUGCUCUGUGCUCUGGUCCUGGUGAAAGGAUCCGGUCUGAGCCCAAAGGACUCUAAAAAGAUCGCAGGAACGUCGCAGCCAGGGGACUCCACACCUGGCACUGGGAUCCAGCUGCAGCCGGACCUGCAGACUGAAGCCCAGGCGCCCACGGAGGCACCUACAGACCUACAGACAGAAACACUGACAGAAGUGCAGACAGGGGCACAGAUGGAAAACAAGACGGAUAAACCGGUUCAGAAAACCACCAGCAACUACACAGGUGAGUCAAACAGUCAUGUACUCAUUUUACUGUGAGCUUGUUGUGCUGCAAAAAAGUUUUGAGUUCACGCAGAAAGUGUCCGAGUCGAAUCCAAACAAUGUUUCUCACUCUGUAUCGAAGAUAAACCUCUUACAGCCUUUCAAUGAGAGAAUUGUUUGUUGAUGCCUAAGACGAUUAGCUGAGUCGUCAAAAGUAGGAAAACAAAUCAUCAUCUUAAUAACCGCUGCAGUGAUUUUCAUCAGCCUCGAAAAUAUGUUCCUCUGUGAGAAAUCUUGAUUAAAAAAAAGGAAAUUAUGAGAUUUUCAUGUCAGGAAUCGUGGAAAGUGAGGGAAACACUCUGCAGACCAAAGUAUUCAUAUAUUAAUACUUCACACUUCAUCCUUUACACCAGUGCAACCAGUUUACCAGAAAUAUAUGCAGGGAGAGGUUGUAACCAGAGGGUAGGGCUGGGCGAUAAACCGAAAAUUUACUGAUACCGAAAUUUACGACAAUAACCGACAUCAUUUUGCCCAUAUCGGUAUUUUCGGUGUCAAAUAAAUGAAUAAAUAAGAGUUGGUUUUGGAUGUGUGUAGGUAGGCUAUGGUCUCAUGUCCCUUUAAGACGCUGUCCUACGUCAGAGACGUGUCUCCACCCCAUCCAGUCCGUAACAAAGAGGGAAAGACAGGUGAGGAGAUGGAGGACGGUUCAAAAGUUGUAGCGGCUGAAGUAGACGAAGUUAAUGUGGGAGGGGGUGAGCAGCUUGUGGAGGUGAACUGAUCAAUAUAUCGUGAUAUUGAUUUGAGGCCAUAUCGCCCAGCCCUACUUUUCACCCUUAUUAGGACACUAUCAUGCUUUUAUAUCAAACCGUGGUCAACCAAUAAACUUUGAAGUGACCAGUUAAGGAGACUGGUGUGAAUCUCUGCCAAACUGACCACAGACUCUGGACUCCAGUGUAAGCAUGGGCAGAGCACAGAAGGUACUAGAAAGAGCUCCACAUCUGCAGCUGCACAUUGCUGAAUGAAAUUGAAGUCUUUUAUCCCUCUACUGGACUUCCCCAAAAUAGACUGUGCAGCUUGAGUUGGUGCUACUCUUGAUGUUGACUACACCUAUGUGAAGGCAUGUUGGCUGUGCAUGUGUGCAAAAAUUAAAGGAUCAUUAACAGAGGUAGAUACACGCUCCCUGUUGUCCCCUCAGGUUUCCCUCAGUGGCCUUACUUACCACCUCUGUUUCUGCAGCUGUCGCUUUUUCUGUUUUAAUCCCAGUAUUGACACGAGAGUGACCUCUUCAAUUGUUGCUAAGUCUGUUGUUUACAUACAGCACAUCUGGUGGUUGAAUGUGACCCGGACUUCACGGCGGCGUUGCCCGACAACUUUGAUAGCGCACAGUCAAGUAUCCUCACUGCUGGUUUCUCUGAACAUAUAUUCCAGAUUUUACGGUACUUGCAUCAUAAAUCUAAAAAUGCUGACUCGGCAGUAACUCAUCCAGGUUUUGGUGGAGGACCAGCUGUUCCUUUAAGAUCACAAGUCCAGUCGUUAUCACGCUUUCCAACAGUAUCAAAUCUCCCAAAGUAUCUCUUAGAGACUGACUGACAUCUCACUGAAAUGUAUGACAGACACAGUGUGUAGACGUAGGUAUUAGGGCUGGGCGAUAUGGCCUCAGCGUCUUAAAGGGACAUGAGACUAUAGCCCACCUACACACAUCCAAAACCAACUUUUAUUUAUUAAUUUUUGUGACACCAAAUAUAUUGACGUGUGCAAAAUGACGUUGGUUAUUGGUGUAAAUUUCAGUUUUGGUAAAUUUUUGGUUUAUCGCCCAGCCCUAGUAGAAAUAUCAUGAGAUAUAUCAACGCUCCCUUGCUCACCCCUUUCACCUGUAAAGUGAUGGUGGCCUUUAAGGACAAGAAGCAUCUGUAUUGCAAGAGAAGUAUAAUGCAAAAAUGCAAAUGUUACCCGUUUGUCUGUUCUGUGCUGCCGUAGAAACAUUGUGGUGCAAGCUGGCAGCCUCCUUAGUUAUCAAAGACUCACUUUAAGAUAUAAAUUAUUACAUUCAGGUGAUAAUACACUAGUUUAAACACAGUAAUGAGUCUGCAUCACGGGCCUCUAAAUCUAGUCCAAAGUCCUGUGGGGACCGUAAUAUACCGAGAGCAGACCAGGAAAAAGCUCAAGAACAAUCUUCUUUGUAAAUAACUGAGGUGCUUUGAAUUUCAGAGUUCGCCGAACUCACGCAAAGCUUGUUAGAAAUUUUUAUCCAAGAGGAUGAAAAACCAAGAGGGUGUGUGUGUGUGAUGGAAAUCUGUGUUAUGACAAAGUUUGAAAAGUUUCGAUGUGAAAAUUAGUGUUGUGUAGCGGGGUUUCUUAAACGCUCCUGCUAGAAACUUCAAAUGAGACAGACUUAAACAAAUACUAAUACUUAUAUUUGACCGACUAAAGCAAACAAGACCGUCAGAAGAGGAUUCACUAACAGGACUCAGUUAACACAUGCACAGGUCAGAGGUCAAGAUCAGCAAAGUGGUACGAACAACACGAACUAAAAGGAGUGUUUUCCUAUACUCUCAUUUUAAAGUUGGUUUUCUAUGUGCUGACCGUGAGUGCAUCAUGUGUGCAUGAACGUGUCUCCUCGAGGGCUUUCUGCUCCAAACUGACUGAGUCAUCAGUCAGGAAGACCCCGAGUCAACUCUCAUUAUAUGAGUCUGAUGUCUGUGCUUUUUUGAGCUUCAUCGCUGUACAUAAACAGAUGCUGGCACGACGGUAGAGCAGGCGGUAAAUUUGAUAAAAUUAGCUUCAAACUGACCGCUCAGUGCCAAUCAAAGCUUUUACCAGUAGUGAAAAUACUGCAGAGGAUUUUUCUUCCUCUGACCAGACAGAUUUGGUAACUCUCAAAGGCACUGAACACAGCAGUUUGACAUUAAAAUAUCACUUUUCUUCUGCUUAUGAAAACAAGACUUGAGGAGGGGCUGUGAACUGAGCUGCCACUCAAAUAUGUCUGAGAUAGGAUCUCUCUUGUGCUCAUUGUAAGCAUGAUUUCUUACCCCUAAAGUCUACUCCUCAAAAGAAAUGCAUCCUACGAGCUGCUAAACACAAACAUAAGCCGUGAUGACGAACAUAUCCCCAACAGUAGGGGCUGGGAGCUGAGCUGCUGUCUGCUUAUUGCUCACAGUCUUCUUAUCCUCAAAACAAAUUCGAAACAAAGGUUGAAAUUGGAUAAGGACACUAAAUACAAAACAUGUUUUGUAGUUUCAAUUUUCACGAAAGGGGCUGGGAGCUGAGCUGCUGUCUGCUGACAGCUCACAGUCUUCUUAUCUUCAAAACAAAUUUAUCCAGAGGUUAAAAUUAGAAAAGACACCAAACACAGAAAUAUUUUCUGGUUUAGAAAACAUUUUUCAUGAGAAGGGGCUGGGAGCUGAGCUGCAGCUUACUUAUUCUCUGGAUAAAGACCCAGAAAAGUGUUUAUUGUUUACAAGAUUUUAAUUGAAGCCAUAUAAAAUUAUUGUCAGUGAUCCUCGUCUAUCCAAAACAAAUUAACCUGGAAAUUAAAAACUGGUCUAACGACAGCUUUAGUCUGACAAUUUCUCUCAUUUUCUCUUGAGUAGGGGCUGCAAACUGACUAACUUUAUAAAACAUGCCGAUAAAAUCCUUCAUCCUUCAGUGUUUCAGCUUAAAGUGAUGGAAAAAUGACUCUAAACACAAGCAAAGCAGUCAGGGAGAAAACUUUCUCCAACCUGCAAACAGCCAUUCUCAUCUCGUGCAUGCGUGUAUGUGUGUGUGCGUGCGUGCAUGUGGCAGGUGAUGCUCUUAAAGACAGUUCGUUAUGUCCAGGCGUGAUCUGCUCAGCCUGAAGAGAAAAGCUGCAGCGCCGCUCGCAUGACUUCACCUCUGGUGGAGCAUGAGCUGCCUUUAUCUCCUCCUCCUCCUCUCUCUCUCUUUCUCUCUCUCUCUCUCUCUCUCUCUCUCUCUCUCUCUCUCUCUCUCUCUCUCUCUCUCUCUCUCUCUCUCUCUCUGUUUUUCCUCCAACAUCUGUCUCUCUUUCCUCUAAUUACUCUCUCUGCUGCUCUUUGUUUCCCGUUUUUCCUCAGCAUCCAUCACUUCCCCUCUUCUGUUAUUUCCUUCCACUGUCCCUCUCUCUCUCUCUCUCUUUUUUCAUGCACUUAUUCCUAUGUCCCCCGCCCGCUUGCCUGUCCGCCGCACUCUCAGAGCCCAUAUCCUCACGUGUAUGCAUGAAUAGCCCACAACAGAUGACAAAAUGCAAACCUCACGUGCCCAAUACACACACACACACUCUCUCAGACACACACACACAUAUACGCACACGCAGGAAAUGGACGCACUCGGCCUAAACGACACCAAUCUUCUUAAAGGUUUAGAGAAUAAACACAGUUACUCGAUUCAUAACAGCGGCUCUGUGUCUGACAGAGCAGGAAUAAGCACUUUAUACUUUAAUAACACACACUCACACACACACAGGAAGGUGAUCAGCUGGCUCGCCACGUCGCUCCGCAUGCAUGAAUUACGCCACAUUAGAGCUUUUAAGUGAGAGAGCGUCCAAAAAAACUGUUAAUCCUGGAGAUGUGAUUAACAUCAACGUCCGAAAAACCCAAACAGUGAGAGAUUCACAUGCUUCUGUGAAUAAUUCGAUUCUUGCCCAGUGAAUGUAAACUGGGACAAAGACUGCAGCCCAGUUCAAUCGCCUAAUCGAGCUUUAAUUGCAGCUUGACUUGUCUGUGAAUACAAUCGUACUGAGUGUGAUGGGAUAACCGCUCAAUCAUCCGCUUUUGGGACACUCGAGUUUGGCUUACUUCUGCAAGAUCUGCACAUAAAAACACUGAGAGUGCAGGUGUCGCAGCAGGAUCUGUCGAUGACGGCAUGUUCAUCGAUCGAACGGUGAAGUAGUCGAGCUACCGCACAAUCUUUUUCCAGGUAAUUAAAGCGACUCUCCCCCCGAGGUAGGAAAUCUUUGUUACACCAGAGGAGAGGUCCGCCAAGCGUAAAAAUACAACACCCUUUCAAGAAAUCGUACAUCUCCUCCGAGUCGAAUCCUGUGUAUGUUUUCGUAAGAGUCAAUAACAGUUUACAGAGUUUUUUCAGUGUCGUAUCACAGAGAGGUCAGAGGUCAAAAUGAAGCCAGUAGAGGUUCAGUCUCUCCGGGGGUGGAUUAAUCUGAAACACUCCUUGCAUUCUAACUCCGACUCGCCGACUCCGCAGAUUCAUAAUCGAUAAACGCAGUGGAGCAGAUGUGUGAAGUUUUUGCAGAAAAAGCCCGGGAGCCAGCCUCAAACCGAGCUUUUAGAGUCCAUCGAUGCGGGCCGAGAAUCUUUACACACUGCUGGUCCAGGUAUCCUUACUGCUGCUGUUUCUGGAGGUCUAUUGAUCAGAGUUCCUCGAUCGAUCGGGUUAUCCUGAGGUGCUCUUUUUGGACGCAGACAGCUUUAAUACAGUAGUCUCCUGUCUGUUUUUACUAAAAGUGCAACGCUCAAGUUUAAUGUGUUUGAUUUCAUUCAUUCAUAAACUUACUGCUGGGUUUAAUGACUCAUUUGGUACUGGAUUGAUACUUGCACAUGAAGACUUUUAUUGCAGGAAAGAUAUAUUUAGUGCACAAGGUGAUGGUUGAGUGCAAAUAUCCUUUAAUAUCACAUUUAUCAACACUGAGCAUGGGAAUGGGAAAGGACCCGGUUUGUCAAAGUAACAGGAAGUACAAAUUUCAGGCUAUAAACACAAUAAACAUGAUUGAUGAUAACAGCUGAAUGAUUGACCCCAGCCUCUUGCAGCCUCUUUAGACCCAGGGGUUAUUUUCUCAUUGCUUUAGUUCGUAAGCUCAUCUGAAAUACAUAAUGCAUACUACAAAGUGGACUUUUCUCUGUGUUUUGACAAUAACUAAAGUUGCAGAUGUGUGUGCACACUCUUUUUUAAUGCAGUUUUAUCAAGUUUGAGAUCUUUUUUCGACACCGUACAUGAACUCACGCCUCCCUUUCGUGCGUGUUUCACCUCUGACUGAACACAAACAGCUGUUCGCUCUUUGUUUUUGCUUUGUUGAAGGUUGAAGUGGCGACAAAAAUGAAGAUAGAUUAAACUUUCUACUCUUUGGAAAGGUGUUAAAAAAAAACUUCCAUUUCCAGUGACCAAAACCUCUGUGAAGAUGCAGCAAACCCAAUAAUCAAAACUCAGUCUGAAGUAGUGUGUCAUACCAGCAGUGCCUGGCCAUGUAUUUGUGGGACAGUGACCUCCACAUCUGAGGACAAUGGCACAAAGCUGUGUACCUGCUGAUCAUGUAUUAGCAGAGUCUGCAGUCAAGUGAGGUCGUACUUACAGCGUGAGCUCAAUCCCAACGUUAGCAACUCUUAAAUCACACAUCCAGGUCUGUGUGAAUGAAAUAUUCCAGCUAAAAACCUUUAUGGACAACAUAGUAAAGUUCAAUCAGAACAAAAUAAGGUAUGAACGAUCAAUAGGAACCAAGAUCCUCAGCCGAUCAGGGCAUCAGCUCCUGGACAGUCUGUGGUGCAACGACACAUGAUGUCCCAGAGAUGUUUGGUUGGAUUCAGGUCUGGGGAAUGGGUGAGCCAGUCAAUACCAUCAAAUUCCUUCAUCAUACAACUACAAGGGACCGGGCGUCGUCAAGGGACCAAGCAUUGACUGUGUGAUCACAGACAACAACUCGGUACUACUAAGUAGCAGCGUACGCCCCCCGUAAAAACUGUUGUUCAAGACUGUGCGCAACGUGCUUACUUGCGCUUCCUACCUAUUUGGCUACCAUAAUAACUGUUGUUCUAGUCUACACGCAACAUUUUGUUCUCAUUCAUGAAACACUUAAUUCGGGGACAUUUCCGGGGACACCUUUAGCCAGGGACAGGUCAUCCAAAACUGGGACUGUCCCCGGAAACAUCAGUGGCCUGCUGGAGGUCAUUUUGUGUGGCUCUAGUCGUGCUCUUCCUGUUCCUCUGUGCACAAAGGAGCAAAUAGUGGUCCUGAUGUUGGGUUGUUGCCCUUCUACAGACCUCUCAACCUCUCCUGGUGUACUGGCAUGUCACAAUCAUUAUUGAUUCCUAACUGGACUGGUAGAACUGGACCUGAAAGCACGGUUGUCAAGCCGUUUCUGCCUCGACCAAAGUACUGAACAUGAUAAAUGGUGACACCCUUUAAACCGUCUACUGUCGUAGCUUUUAUAAGUGAGUGAUUCAUGGGAAAAUGUUGGCAUAGAGAACAUCAAUGCAAGCUGACAAGCAACUCAUCUCGGACUGAUGAAAUAAUUACAGAAAAGUUGGGAGUAGAAGCUACUGAGGCGGUGAGAGAUUUAGCACCGCACCAAUAAAUAAAAACGGGCAGAAAAUGUUUUUCAGAGUUCAGAGAAAAGUAUAAAUCUCCAAGUGGAAAUCCAAGAGCACCACUGUUGCUCAAAAUAAGUGGUUAAAUACGGGCAACCUGGUCACAGGCUUCACAGUCAAUAGGAAAGCAGUUGCAGCUCUGCAGUUGGUCGACCUCACGCAGAGAAUCUGUCAGGCAGCUGAUGAGCAGCGGUUAUUUCCGCUUUAGAAAAGCCUUAAGGCUUACCUUUAACACGGUAACACAAUCUGUUAACCUCUCCAGAGUGGAGAAGGGCUGCUGUUUGUAUUAAUCCCACAGGAGGCCCAUAUUAGUUACCUAGCAGGCAGUCUGCUUCUUAAUCUGACACAGCGGGUGAGUUUACAGGAAAUCCUUGAUGUCAGUGGUUUAAUUUGCUUUAAAUAACAUUUGAAUUAAACCACUUUUUAGUUAAAAAAACCUUCUGUACCAGUUUCACAGUUUGUGGGGCAUGCCUGUAGAGUCUAAUGGAAUGAGCCAAUUUUACGAGAAUGAAAUGCAACGGCGUGCAACUAAGCAGUCAGCAGCAGAAUCGCACUUCUCGAAGUCUGGAGAGGAGAAUUACUCUGAAAGAUCAAAUAACAGCGUUCAGUUUUAGAUGCAGCAUCAACCUGACGUUCAGAGUAAGCAGCUUAUUCCACACUACGAGUCUCUUUAGACAAGAUCUUCAGCCAAAUGCCUAAACCGUAAAUAUAAAAUGUUACAAUGCCUUUAAUCUGAUUAACGCACAGGCAAAGCCAAUUACCUCUGUCUAUUCCAGGCUAUUUCUAGUCCCAGGAAUCCUGUUAAUGACAUGCUAACACCCAGGUAUGCAGAUCCGCUCUGUCACUGGUAGUAGGUAGCGUUUAGUGUAUCUUGAAGCCAAUUACUUCUGUCUAUUUGAGGGUUUUGUUUUGUUGAAGAGUUUAUCAGGGGCCAUCUCUUUAGUGAAGGACCUUAAAUUAGCACCAGUGCGCAUCCUCCCCCUCUGUACAGGAUCUCAAAUUAGCCCCUGUCCUCCUGCAAUCUGUCUUCACUCAGUUAAAAGACUCGUCCUCAAUGUCUCUCAAACAUUUUUUGGCAGCCUCAUAAGGAGUUAAGCUUCACCAAAUACAACAUCUGAAUUUCUGCUGACAUUUACGGCUUUCGGGGUUGUAAAUGCACACACACUGAUCACGCAAGGUCAAACACAAGGUGUACACAUGCAACCCAGGGGUAUUUCUGUCAUCGACACACACUAUCGUCACUCCUGAGCCCUAGGAGCCCGACGAGCCUCGUACAAGAAGUUCCUUUUGUCGCCUGCCUGUCAAUCCAAUACGGUUGCUGGCAGUGACUCAACUUCAUUAUUAACUUCCCACGGCUGAAAACCACUGAACUCUCUCGGAACAAAGUCACAGAGGGAGAGUCCUAAAUGGGCCUCAUUCUCCCUGCUAGCUGGUUGGAAACAAGUAAAGAGCAGGAGGGCUGAAAAUAAGAAACCGUGAAGACAAAAACGUGUCUAAAGUCUACACUGAACUGUUUAACCAAAAACUACAACUACUACUACAGCUUUUACAGAGGCAGUUUGUCAUUUUGGCAAAAUAAUUCUUGUUCUCUACUUUGCUGUGCAGGCAGCACACCUAUGUAUUUACACUAAAAAUGGGGUUGGAGCCAGAGGAGGUGAGCUAAGCUUGUUACAGAGGUGGAAAAGGGGUACGAGGCUGACAUGAGGGCCUCACCUAACAGAAUUUACUUGUAUGUAUGCUGGCGUACACAAUCUGGCCUUAGUUUUCUGUCUGGUUUUCCUUCUUUAGUGGUUCCACACAUGAACAAGAUACAGGAUGUGUUGAGUUGUGGUUUCCUGAUGUACAGAAAUAAAUUAACAAUAAAUGUGUGAAUAUAUAACAGGAUUGAAGUGAUAUGACUGUGAGCUAAACACACAUAUUCAAUGCAAUGCGAUAACAUCUGAGGUCAAAUAAUACUCUCUGAUAGCCGCACUGGGGCGCUUCAGGCCACACCAUUACAAUUUAACACACGGCGACUGUGAUAAAUGUAAAUAUCGUCAGAUAUAAAACCUAUCCAUGGUACGUAACAAUCAGAACAGAAUUAUAUCUUUAGCACACAUAUAUGGUGGAAACAUGUAUUACUAGCCCGCGAUAACAGUUCCUUACAAGUUCCUUCAAAACAUUAUUCUUAUGUUGACUUUGUUGACUAUGUCAGAGGACUGAUGGGAACGGAAUUAAUCGAAGGGUAGUGGGAGUAGUUUUGCAUGCAUGCGUGUUCAGAUCACUCCUGUUGAGACAUCACCACAAGCUCAAAUCCAUAUCACAGUGUAGAAGCUUUGUUAUCUUCGCGAGUGGGCCACAAAAAUAUGCAAAAGCAAAAUUUUCUCCAAGUCGGAAUUGUUUUAAGCAAAUUAGAACAACAAAACAUGAUGUAGAUGGCGUACACGCUAAGGCGUGAACAAUACAACACAACCUUGGCAGGAACUAGCCAAGAUUCAGUCCAUAGAUAAUCAUAUCACAUGGAAUUAUAAAAAUAAAUUGUGAUUUCGUGGACUCUUUGUAUGUGAAAUAAGCAUCAUUAAUGUUUUCCUGAUACACCUGCCCCAAUAGCUGUAUCUAUGCUAAUCUCUGCACAGGCCGCCAUUGUUUACUCUGCCUGAGUUACCCCCUCUUCCCCUUAAAUGACGCUGAGUGGUCCAGUCAUUCUCAGAUGGUAACAGGCAGAAAAAGCAGCAGAAAGAAGUUGCAAGUGAGAUACUUACACUCCUAACUAAUUCAACUCAGACAAAUCUACUCUGUACUUUUUUUUUAACAACAUCUCAUAAGUUGCCAGAAACCCCGCUGAAGGCUCUUUCUCUGUCGUUUUGCGUGUGCAGGAACAGGAACCUGUAAGGGUUUUCCAUCUGCUGGAUGAAUUUUUCAUUUCAUUUUCACAUCUUCUUGAAUGCCCCAAAAAGUUUUAAAUGACAAAAACAAGGUGACAGCCACUGUCCAUGAACAAGAGAAGAAAGUGAAUUUAAGAUCUCCUCUGUCUUCGUUAUGUAACCCAAAACUUUCAGUGUUAAUGUUUUCAGGGACAUUGCUAACUUUUUUGCGUUCUGUCCGAGUCUAUCUAACCAAAGGCUUUGAGACCAGCGUUACUUCUUUAGGCGUGUCAGCGAGGAUAACCAGUCAAUCGAGGAUAGGUAGCUCAAAAUCAGUCCUACCCUCCCCGCUGUGUUUAACUGGAUAGACUAUCCUUAAUUAGAUCCAACCAAAGCUGCUGGUUUAAGUAGAACUCCAUCACCUUCAAGAUUUAACCUUUGUGAUGUAGUCAGUUUUUGGUCUAACCCAAGAAACAAUCCCUUGAAAAGUGUCUAAAUAAAUGACCCUCUUGUACUAGUUAGGGCUCUUUGGAAACAGACACUAAUGUACAGCUGAGGUUUGCACAGAAACACACACUCUGUGCGAGCAGAGGGAGAGCCUGGGGGGGAUUAGGUAAUCAUUUGUGAUACACAGCCUCAGAAAUAGAUACACUGAUGGAGAGGACAGAGAGUCAUGAUGUUUGUUGGAGGGCAGAUCACGUAAAAGUGGAGCAGCUGGAGCAAAGGGACCAAAAAAACGCAGAAGAAGAAGAAUCAGAGCAAAUUAGACAGAAACAUGAGGGCGAAGGAGAUGGAGCAAGUCAGCCAUUAGCCAAGAUUGCCAUCAGACAUUAACAUCAUUUCAGACUUAUGGUGGUGACUGAUAGUCUGACUAAGAUAAUAUUUAUUUUGAGCAGUGUUUAUCCAAGAAAAACUGACCAGGCACACAGAAAGGACGACUAUCUCUGUCUGUUUGGCUGACAAUAAGCUGCAGGGCUCGUUUCUUUAAGGUUGCUAUCACUGCAGAAAGUUUCAGUCAUUUGUAAACUAAGAAGAAAAGACUUUGCUAACACAAAAAGCUAACUUAUUUAGCACUGUGCACCUCCGUUAGGUGGACAUGCUUCCGUCAAUCAUUCUACUUGGUCCAUUGCUUGAAAACUGAGGCAAGGACAGUAGUCCACUUAGUAGCAUUAGCUUCGUUUACAUGGGCACAAAUAAUCGGAAUAAAUGCCCGAUGACGAUCGGAAGAUUCUGAUCAAAUUCGGCUCAAUCGAAAAAAAAAAAAAAAAGUAUUCCGAUCAAAAAGGGUGGUUUAUGCCGAUCGUUAUUCUGAAAUGCGUUCUUGUAAACACUUAUUCUGAACGUGACUCUCUUACCUGACUCAGUCUUCACUCUUUAGCCCCUGGUUUAUUUACUGAGGUCAGUCCAGGAGGUUUCUUUAUUUACUUCGGGCUUAAAACACAACCGCGGGUGCCGUGUCUGCUCCUGUGGUAACGUAGCAAGGCGUGCAUACAGCGUGAUGAUGUCAUAUCUGCACGCACACUACACCCUUUGACAGGACAGUAAAAUAAGUGAGCAAGGGCGCCAUCUAGUGACAGCAUCUAACAGAGGGGGAACACUCCUGAAUUGGAUGAGUGUUGGUUUGUUGACAGCACAGGCGUCAGUACAACUCUUCUUCUUCUUCUGCGGUUGUUUUAGAGAAAUUAGACAACUCUGCGCAUGCCCAAACGCUUCUAAUCUGAAUUAAACUUUACGCCAAUAUAAACAGUGGAUUCAGAUUAUCCGAUUCCUCAAAUUUUUAAUCGGAUCAAGAAAUUUUGCACAAGUAAACAUGGCUGCUGUCACUACCUUAGAGGGUGGAUCAGCAGUAAAUGGCAUUGGCGAAUUCAGUUUGCGUUUGGCCUUUCACUGCAUAAAAUCUGAAAAGAAGCACUCGCUGGAUGCCCUGCAGUAUUAAAAAUUAAAACAAAGUACCAUAUGGAAGCCUUUCAGCGUAAAAUAUGUAAAUACAGUACCCUCUACAUGAAACCCACAGAACAGGUAAAGGGACCAAAAUGUUAAAAGUUAAACUUUAUAGGAAUAUACUAACAAAGACACUUUUAUGCAGACUCUGACAGGGCUUGCUUGACUUCUAGAGCCAUCUUUAAGUAGACACUGCAGGCACAUGCAUCAUGGGAAGCGUUGACUCUAAAGCUUUAUCCAUCAUUCGACUAAAACCCUAAUAGCUCACUCUCAGGAAAGUGUAAACUCAUUAAUUGCAAUCGCUUGAUAAGGGUCUGUGACAUAAUACUCAGUAUUAACUCUUCAAUUUGGGGACCUUGGCGCUUAAAGCAGUUGGUUUACUAAUCCAAAGAUGAUGUGUGAGUGGAUGGCAUGCAUGCCUUGUGGGACUUUACAGGAGACACAGACAGUAUGCGCCUGCCUAUAUGUGUACAUCCAGAGAGUGUGUGGUUGUCCUGCUCAUUCAUUCUGUGCAUGUGAAUGUGUGCGUUUGAAUCUUUAAUGCAGAGAGCCUAAUCUUUAUUUAAUCACAAACUGUUCUGAGUGCUUCCCUGACAGAGACGAGUGGGAGGGUUUAAUAGGAGACUACAGCAGAGUGGAUGUUUGGUCGAUGAUGUUGGGUUGCCAGGUUUGAUUCCUCCAGGAGUUUUCUCGCACCCUGUUGGCUGCUGUUGGUUUUGAUUGGCAACCGACUGUUUCCACGAUGAUAGAAAAGCUUCCUGAAUGGGGUUGAAGCGGCAGGAAUGAGCAAAUAAAAGUGCUGAGUCAACAAGAACACAUCCACACAAAACCAGCACAGUGCCGCUCUGUGUACGAAACACACACUGUCUGUUCAUUGGAACAGAUUCGACACACACACUCACAAACACACACACUCCAACCAGCACACGUUUCCAGUCUUUUGGGCAUUAAUUGUAUAUUUUAUUGAUGCAGGACUCCACAAGGGGGAUGUAUUUGUACACUCCACACUGGCAUCAUUGUUCCGUCUCUCUGUGGACUGCCAUGGAGGUGUGUUUUCAUGCUUAAUUGUCUCUGGGUUUAGUAAGGAUGGGGACAAGUUUCCCUUGCAGCAUAGCAACAGCAAGUAAAAUAAGGAACAACUGGGCUUGGAUCUUAAAACACACUGUCACGUAAUGUGUUGAAUAUUUUAUCGGCCUUUAUGGAAGUAAAGGCUUUUCUUUGGAAGAGUGUGCGCAUGUGUCUGUAUCUAAGCUGGAUCCAAAUUUCCAGAAAACACAGUUCAAGUACAGUAUGCAUGAGCCAAUGUGUAAAGUAGCUAUGGUCCUCUUAAAUGUCUUAAUUGUGAAGUCUCUUGCACUGGAAAUCUCAUAAGAAGUCACCCAAGCAGAUCCCUUCCCUGUGUAUUAAAUGUAAACAAAGUAACCUCUGAAUGUAUUUAAUGUAGAAAAAGAGCAACAUGGAUUGUCUUCCCAAAUAUUACUACAAACAAAUUGUCCUCUUGAUGAGCUUCUGCUGUAUUAAAUGUACAUAAAGUACCUUCUGGAUGCCCCUCAACAGAAUUAAAUGUAAACAAAGUCACCUCUGGAUGCCAUUUCAGUGUAUAAAAAGUCAACAAAGACCCAUAUGGAUGGUAUUCCAAAGUAUUAAAUAUGAACAAAAUACAGGAUGUAAACAGAGUACCCUCUGAAUGCCCUUCUAUUAUAUUAAUUUUAGACAAAGGCCAUUUUUGGCUAUAUAGUGUACUAAAUGUAGACAAAGUGCCCUCUGGAUACCUUAUCAAUGUAUUAAAUGUAGAUAGAGUACCCUCUGGAAAAUUUACAGUGUGAACAAAUGUAAACAAAAUGUCAUCUGGAUGCUGUUUUAAUGGAUUUUUAUCAACACGGUGCCCUCUAGUGGCUCUUGCAGUAGAUAGAAUGUAAACAAUGUACCCUCCGAAUGCCCUUCUAUUAUAUUAAUUUUAAACAAAGGCCCUUUGUAUUGGUUUCUAGUGUACUAAAUGUAGACAAGGUACCCCCUUGAUACUUUUCCAAUGUAUUAAAUGUAAACAAAGUCCCCUGGAUACCUUUCCGUGUAAACAAACGAAACAAAGUGUCAUCUAGAUGCUGUUUUAGUGAAUGAAUAUAAACACAGUGCUCUCUAGUAGCUCUUGUAGUGAAUAGAAUGUAAACAAAGUACCCUCUGAAUGCCCUUCUAUUAUAUUAAUUGUAGACAAAGGCCCUUUUGUAUGGCAGUCUAGUCUUAGAAUGUAAAUAAGGUGCUCAUAAGGUUUUGUUACCUUGUAGUUUUCAAUGUUUGUGCCUUAAGAAUAUUCAUCUCAGAGCCUUUAAUGGUGUGCAGCAGCGGCCUUUGAAACCCUCCAUCCCCUUGCCAAACAUCCUGAGUACACAGCUGAGAUGGACAAUAUCUAAUAAUGCUCAACUCUGCACCUUUUUGUAUCUUUACACACACUCGGCAUCUCUAAGAGGUCCUAUUAUACUCAUUAUGUCACCCUGGGACACCUUCAGAGAAGCUUUGCAUUAGCCAUCAUUAUGUUAGCUGCCAUUAUAACAUCACAUAUAAUUUGUCAUUCUGAGCUUUGAUAGUCUUUAUACCUGUAAAUCCAGCUCCUGUUGGUUUUUGUCAUCGGCCAGUACAUUCACAAAUACAGAUUUUAAAAAAUACAUGAGUCUAUCUACAUUUUAACUAUUUAUUUGUGUCCAACAUAUGUGCUCAGUAAAUCAGGCCCCUUUUUAACAAAUGGUCAAACACUCACAGAUAGGCUCUGACAGCAUCUGUUCUCAGGUGAGGUAGCUGCCAAACUGCUCACUUGCUGCUCACUCGUCCUUAAUCUUUGAUUCCUUUAUCAAAAUCCUGUUUGCCAAUAAUCUGGAGAUACAGUGCGAGUUUGUCUAACAUGGCCCCGCUUGCACCUGGUUUAAAAAUGCAUCUUGGGAGAUUGGAUCACAAGAGCUAAGCUUGUGAAAUCUCUUUUCUCGAACCACUUGCAGCAGUGGCCUUGAACUCAUAUGACCACAUAAUCAUUGCAGAGCGUAAACGGCAGAGGUUUCUAUUAGAUUUACUAGGCUGGGAGAAACAACAGGGAAUUUCAACGAUGCCAGGUUUAAAAAAGAGACGUAUACGAGAAUAAAUGGCGUGCCAACAGUGAAGCCAAAACAAUAGAUUAUCAGCGACAUCCUUCAUCUCUCAUUGUCAAUGGAGAUUAUGAGAGACCUUCAACGUCCUGGCUUAAAAAUAAGAAAAUAGAAGGAUAACAAACACCUCAACCCUUUAGAAAGUUUUGACAUGAAAACAGAAGUAAGCUGCAAAGACCAACAACUCUAAACCUGUUGUAGAAUUAGAUUGUGUGGGAAACCUUUGACUUUGGAGCGAGCCUCUAGUGGUCAUUCAAUGAACUGCAGUUUUUUUGCACCUUUGGCUACAGGCUACUUUACUAUUUGGAGCUCCCCUCAUUAACUGUCUGCUUUUUAGACCAUUAAAAGACAUUUUAAAGGACUUUGUCUUUAAUCUACCAGAUGUGAAACAGGCCGAUCAGUUAGACACGGACAGCUGGGCAGGAUUUCAUGCACUUCUCACCACAUUCGUACACUGAGGAUGCUGUAGUGAAAAGAGACCGUCAGUAGUGACUAAUUCCACUUACACGCUGCAGACUUGAGUCACGAGAAGCAAUUUGUGGUUUGGUGUUUUGCCUAAUGACACUUUGGCUUGUGAUCAAACCACCAAGAAAAAACACACUCCUCCUCUGAGCCACAGCCGCCAAACCUCAACCGCUUUUCUUGCUUUUAAAAAAAUCAUCUUGACAUUAAACUUUGACUACUUAAAGUGGUGACUUAAUUUCAUUUCAGCUGGACUUUUACAGACUUUAGCGUGAAUAUUAAAACUCCACUAACCGAUGGCGGUCAUUAAAACCUGUUUGUUUUGGAGAUACCACGAGCGAAGCUGUAAUGCUCAGCGACAUCCAGUGAAAGUAAUACUAAUUUCCCAUGCUGUCUAAUUAAUGAUAUCUCCAAGGUGACAGUAAGUAGGAAACUGUGUAGUUCUGUCUCUUGUGUGAGACUUUAUGACACAUAAUUAUACUACAGCUGCUGCCACUGAUAUGAAAUCUGAUUAACUCCACAGACAGAAGCCAGACCCUCAUUAAAACCACCUGACUAUAAUUAAACAAUAUUACAUUGCAUUCAUUCAGAUGCUAAUUUAAGACCUCACAGUAUUUUUCCACCUAGAGAUUUGCAUCUUUUAAAUGCAAAUGAAGAGAUUAUAUCCUUUUUUAAACUUUUUGUUGGAGACUGAAAUUGAAAAAUAAAGUAAAUAUGAAUUCAAGCUAAAAUUCUCAGAUUUACUUAUUUAAAGCUCCUGAUAAUAACUUUAGGUUUGUGGAUUUAAAUGCAUAAACAUCUUUGUUUUUCUUUAGAGCUGAAAAAAGUGGUUAAAAUCAGAGAAAUCAAAGUUAUCAUUGUAAGGUUUCUCGACAAAUGUGAAUCAUAACUAAAUGUUUUAAGAGGGAACUUUUGCUCCAAUCUUUCAGGCACAUGAACAUCUGGAUGUCCAGAUGUUUCAGCCUUUUUUUAGCCUUUUUUUUUAGGCGCUGGUUUCCAUAUAUACACACACAUAAACCCCGAGUAAUAGCAUCUGUAAAAAGUCUCUUCAGGGAAACAGGAUGGCUUUUAGUUUCUCCUUUAAAAACCCAGAGUCAGCCUGUCCUUGUUUCCCUGCACUGUACGCCUUACGCACGUGUCUAGUGUGUGUGCCCUGAUGUGUGUAUACGUGUGUGUGCGUGUGUGUGUUUGUUGGCGAGAGGGAGGGGACGCUGUCAUCUUCACACACAGGAUCACGGGAUCCUCUCCUCUCUCUGUGUCUACCGCUGCAGAAAUCCUCCCAUCUGUCGCUCCUAAUCAGCAGAGAGCAGCUUGCAUGUUCACAGGGUCUUACAGGGGGAUGACAUCUCUCUCUCUCUUUCUCUCUCUCUCUCUCAUGCACACACACACACACAUACACACACUGUAAGAUUACACUAAUACUGACACAGCAAAGCAAACUGCAGCAUCACAUCCACCUUUGACCUUUACUCAAAUAAUCAUCAUAGCGAACCUUAAAGUCAUGCUUUAAAUAUUCACCAUUAUAAGAAUCGUUUAAAGUAAAUCCUCCUUUUCUCCAAAUACUUUUAUUGGUUCUUCUUAUUUGCAGACUCCUCCAUUAGUCAGAGUAUUUCGCUCUGUUAUGGGGCGCUCACACCAAGCAUGAGUAAAAUCAUCUACUCGCUUACCUCGCAUGAAUCUAGCCGGGUGAAUGAGUUGUAUUUACUUGUUUUUUUUUUUACAAUUUACCAGGUAAUCAAACCUCCACACUGACUUGCCUCCAGGCAGGCAACCGCACACCGACACGAUCAGUUUGUCCUACAUUUUAGAUACCAGUGAACAAAUGUCACAAGCCACUCAGAGCUCAGAGGAGGGCCAGGAGAGUGGGAGGGGACGAGUCGAAACUACGGGAGAGGGGUGUGUCGAAUACAGCGAGGUGAUUGGAUGGAGUGGCGGAGCAGGAGAUUGACCAAUAGGAGCUGUCCAGGACGGAUGGCUCCCAUUGGUCAAUGUUUUUUGUAGCCCUGCACCUGCUAGAGUGAAUGAAUUUUUUCCAUUCUUUUUUCUCUUCACUUUGCAGAGAUCGCACUAUAGGACCAUGAUCGCCAUAGUAACGAGGUUUAUAAUAAUUACCAAUCUUUCCAAUCGUCAACCAUGCCUUUAUUUUACUCGCGCUUCAUGUGUGGAGACAGUUAGGCCGAAAGCAGCAGCCUCCUGACUUAAAAAAAUGCAGUUCCUUGAGUGUCCACUUGAGGCUGGCUGCAAAAGCACCAGCCACCACAUACACACCCAUGUAAAAAAGCCCAUCAUUGGAGCAAAUUUGAUUUCUUCACAUUUUUUACUCUCUGAGUUCAACUUCACCACCCUUCAGGGGAAAUCAUCACAUAAGAGUUUUAUAUAACCCAACCCUGAUCAAGUUUGAGUCCACGAAGUGAGCACCCUACUGCAGAUUUACAACCCUGUCAUGCCACAGAGCAGAAAUAAAAUGGUAUUAUAAAAUCCAUCUGAGAAAAAUGUAUUAAAGAUGAUUGGAGCAGUAAGUGACGCUGAAGGUUUGCAUGAGAUCCCUCAACGAUCCCUGCAGUGUAAUCUAACAAUAGCCGCUGUGUCACGAGACUCCUCUGAGGUAUUUGUGUAUUGUAGCAUGAGGAAGAUAAAAAUAGACUUUUCUGUCUUUUUAUCUCUCCGUUUCUUCGAGUCUAUCCAUCCAGCGUAAUUGCUCAUUUCAGGCUCCAAACGAAAAUAGCAGUCAGAUCGCGUUUGACGAGAUAAAGCGGUGAAAUCAGAGAGGAGAGAGAGAGUGAUGAAGGAGUAAAGGAAGGUGGUGUAAUCUCAUAAUUCUUAUCAAUCAUACACAGAUCACAGAUAUAUAAAAAUCAUCUGUUUUCUCUCCUCUCUCCUCAGGUCUGUCCUGCACUCCCAUCCUGCCGCCUCGUCGGGGAUCCUUCUACGUAGAGAGCGGCACCGGCGUGUCGAUCGGCAGCCUGUUGACCUUCUGGUGCCGAGAAGGAUACCAGCUGGUCGGCAGUGACAAAAUACAAUGUACUGUGAAGAAAGGCAAAGCGCUGUGGAGCAACUACCUGCCUGUCUGUGAAGGUACGAAGGUUAAUUUAAUCACUGAGGUCGAUUCAUUAUUCAGUAUGAACUUCUUCUCCUUCUACAUCUAGUUAUCUUUGACUUCAACGCUAUAUGCUGCUUAAAGACUAUCAAGGGGGAAUUUAAAGCUCCUGUAAGAGACUGAAAUUCAUACUAAUGCUUUUUUAUGAUAAAUAAAAGUAAAAAAGAGCAUCAAAAGUAGGAUCUUGUCAUUUUUAUCGCUGUAACAUAAAACAUUAACAGUAAUUGUUACUUAAACUUAAAGUUCCACUCCGAUUUAUUUUUUUUUUACUACUAAUGCUUUUUUAUGAAUGAAUGAAAUAAAACCAAAAAGAGCAUCAAAAGUAGGAUUUGUGAUUUAAAUAUCGCGAUCUUCACGCUAGCUUGUAGCCUAACAUUGCCAGUGUAGUAGACAUAGCAGGUAACAUAGGAGCUAUUCAGCUUUCAGACACUAAUGUCUUUGUGGGCAUUAUGAAAGUUAAUAUCAUACUUAACUUUCUUAUGAGCAUCGCAAUCCGCUAACCCACACGCUUGUUCUGUGAUCGUCCUCUCUACUUCUCCGAGUCUGGCCAAAACAGAGCAGAAAUACUCAGAAAUGUAGUUUUGCAGUUAUUUUGCUCAUGAUAUGUCCUAGACAACAAGAAAAACAUGAUUUUCAUAGGACUGGGUCUUUAAAAAAGUCAGCAAGAUGAAGUUUGUCCACAGGGGGCGCCAAAAUUAAGACAAAUUGAACAUUCCUUACAGAUGCUUUAAAUAAACACAACAAAUCUGAAAAUGUUUGACAACAGCAAACAGGUUUUUACAAGAGCUAAUAUCAAAAUUACCACAGGGGAAUUUUACCACAACAGAGGACAGAAGUUUAGAAGUCGUUUAUCGUUUUUAGGAGGAAAGUUGACGAUUAGUUUUAUGAUUUAUAAAGUGAACAUAAUGAGUUUUGAGAGAGAGAGAAAAUGUGUAUCAUAUUAGAUUUUGUAGACCAAUAUAAGGUUCUAUUACUGUACACUAUAGUAUAAGGCUGGACUUUCCCACCUGGUUAUGACUGAAAGUCACUCACAGUUUAUGUGUCAGACAUGCUCAGGGAAUAUCGCCGUCUUUGGCGAUCAAAUGUCAAACGGUGUCAUGUGGAUUUAACAUCUUUCCGAGGGGCGAAAACAACCUUUAUAUCUGAGGAGGAAGAGAAAAUGUCAGUGUUUCUGCUCAGGGAAGAUUCUGUUGAAGACGUUUGCCACCUUUUAUUUUCAGUCAGUCCUCAGGAUGAGAGUGUAAUAAAUCGAAGUUUAAAAGACAGUUUUCCUUUUCAAACUAUAAAGGUGUUUCUACUGCUUUCCUACAGUUUACCUGCUUGCUGAAAUCGGCCUCCAGGCAGACCUUAAACACUGUUGUUAGCGUCUGGGAUUUUGGGAUAUAAUGAGUAUAAAAGUAACCUAGUCUGAAAUGUCAUAUCUGCCCUCACAGCAAUCCCUCGGCCCGAGGACCGUGGUCUGAGAGUAGCCGUGCUGGCCUCGGUCGUGAGCGGCAUCGUCAUUCUCGCCAUGUCUCUGUCCUUCCUCAUCUGCUGCCUGCAGGAACGAUCCGGACGGGAACGAGCCAAGAAAGAGGGACGGAGCAGGUAGGACAGAGGAGAUAGAUACCAAGAGAAACCCUCAUUAGUAUCACAGCGUGUCUCUUGUGAUAUGAGAACCACUGAGCUGAGGUUGUUCGCUCCUCAGGCGCAGAGAUAAACGUACGACACGACGGAGCGAGUGUUGGCUGGAGAGAGAAGAGGGUGAGUGGGAAUCUUUCCCUCCUCCGAAGAUCUUCCAUCUGUCACAGAGGAUGAACCCCCGACUUGCUCCAGACAGCCCCCUCUACCUGACCGCAGGACUCAGUGGAUAUGAGAACAGAGGAUACCAGAGGUAAACCAUCUCAGAGAACCAAAUCAACCACAAAAGUCUCGUCAGAAAACUGUGAUCUUAAUCUCUUUCCUCUUCCUGUGUCUCUCAGGAGUCAGGAGAGUUUGCUGAAGGCCUCCAUGCCUCCUGGACUCUACCGCUCCGAGUCUCAGCUUUACCCACACGUCGUCCUGCAGAGGGUCCCCACUCCUACAGCGCCCUCCGCUCCUUCUGCUCCAUCUGCACCCUUCUACAUGCACGUCCCUCCUUCGGCCUCUGCCUCCUCCACGCCCGCACACACGACCGCCCACAACCAGCCUCACAUGAUGGGGCAGUACCCCACCCCGACGUACCCGCCAAACCCCAACACAUCUGUGCCAGUAUACCCCCAUCCGACACCGGCGCCUAUCUACCCCAACCCCAACCCCACACCACAGCGCCCGUGGCAGUAGCUACACCUACAACCGUCAUCUACGCAAGGAACUGAGUCCUCCUGCUGUGGACGUGGAAAAAAACAGGAAAAGACGGGGUGUCACAGCCGUGAUUCGGAGGCGUUUGAAGUCGUCCCCUCUUCGAAAGGAAGUGUAGAAAUGGAGAUGCAGCCUGAGUAGAAGCGCCCCCUUUUUAUUGCAUGCUUGCUGGACUUUUCCUGGCUCUUGGAUGCGACAAGAACUGAAAACUCUGAAUUUUCCCCGUAGGAGGAGCUCCUUGGAGGACGUCUCGCUUCAUUUUAGCCGACAGAAAUUACAAGAAAGGUCAGAGUAGGCGCCGACAAGGGAACACAGGAAGUUUGACUCUAAGGUGGGACAUUUGUGGAAGAAUAACCUCCAUGGAGAGACGCUGCCGCCGUUGAGGCAGCUCAACCACUCAGAAAUGAGGACUUCUUAAAAAGCCAAUGAUGUUCCUUCGUAUCUGCUUCCCAAAGGUCACAGAAAUCUGUGUUUUUGGCUUUACCACUAAACUUAACAAACUGUUCCCAGUCUCUCAAAUAUCUAACAUCAUGACGGUCACUUUAGAGCUCUGAAACAGACCGAUACUUUGGAUGGAGGAUCAGGAAAACACUGUGAUUCAAACGCAUCAGGUUUCGUGUUUUUUUUUGUACACAUUUUAAAAUCGAUCGUUUCUUCAUCAUCAGCUUUUUAAACUUAACAUGCAUCUGUCUCCGUUUGUUUUCUUCUGUUUUAACUGCCAUAAACUCAUCCUCUAACUUUUUUUCUUUGUUACUGGACAAAAGUUCGUACGAAGCCCAGGAGGUGACAUUAACUUUAUUUUUUUCAUUCAUGCAUUUUAGUAUAUCGCAGGUGCAAUUUAGUAUCUCACUUGUGGGUUUUAACAUAUCACAGGUGCAAUUUACUAUCUCACACAUGUGUUUUAGCAUAUCGCAGGUGCAAUUUAGUAUCUCACAUGUGCGAUUUAGUGUAUCAGGUGCGAUUUGGUAUCUUGCACGUGCGUUAUAAUAUAUUGCAGGUGCAGUAUAAAAUCUCACACAUGCGUUUUUAUUAUCAAGGGUGCAAUUUAGUAUCUGGCACAUGCAUUUUAGUAUAUCACAGGUGCAAUUAAGUAUCUCGCACUUUGUUUUAUAAUAUCACAGGUGCGAUUUAGUAUCUGGCACAUUUAUUUUAUUAAAACGCAGGUGCGAUUUAGUUUCUCGCACAUGCGUUUUAGUAUAUCGCAGGUGCGAUUUGGUAUCUCGCAUGUGCGAUUUAGCAUAUCUCAUGUGCAGUUUAGCAUCUUUGUACGUUAUUUUAUAUCGCAGGUUCGGUUUAGCUGUUGGUUAAUCACUUCCUGCAAGUCAGAAUAUCGCUGAUGACGUUGAUGAGGCUCGCAGAGGAUAAUUUACAAAAAUGCUUUCGCAAGAUACGUAUAAAACGCACGUUCGAGAUACUAAAUCGCAUGUGCGAUAUAAUAAAAACGUAAAUGCGAGGGAAAAAAAAUCAAAGUUCAUGUCACCUCCUGGGCUACGUAAGUUAGUUAUUAACAUGCAAAAUGGAUUUUUUUGUUCAUGUGAAAAAAAGUUUGUACAUUAUAACAAACAUGAGGAGUUCAGAGUCACUGCUGAAGGUGGCUGCGGUGGUUACACACUGGAAACUGAUGAUGGAGAAACUUCAGUCUUCACUCAAACUCUCUUAACUUUUGCUGCAGCUGUUUCCCCGACAGUCAUCGUUCCUCUUGAAAUAAAUGACCUUCAUUUUGUCCUUGGUCUCCAAACAUGCAUCAGAAACCUUCUCUCUCUCUCUUGUUUGACGUUUUAGUCCUCACUCUAGCCGUGUGAGGAUUUCUGUUUUCUGAAUAGAAGGACUCGAAUAGACACGCUAACAAAUCUGCACUUUACAUGUUUGGAAGGAGGGAGGGGGGAAGAAAUGGUUUGGACUGGACUGUCCUGAAUAUUUCUCUUACUGUAAACUGUUUGUUGUAUAAUAAUGAUAACAAUAAUAAUAAUAAUAAUAAGACUGCCAUUAAAACUGAAUAAAGAGACUUUUGUUUAGUUGAAAA